GCCUCGGGGGUCUGGGGAGCUCCCUGCUUCCGGUUCCUCCCUCUUCACUCCCGAGCAUGCAAACCGAAGAUUCUGGUCACAACCCCACCUCCCAAACAACCUGGCUGCUCAGAGGUCAUGGCGUGCACCCCUCGUUCAAGACGGCACUGACGAUGGCCAGAUGUUGGUGGGGCUGUCCAAGCGCCGAGUUCGUAUUUCCCUCAUGUUUCUUUUUUUCUUCCCGCUCAAGGACUCGGCGGGCGUUCUUGCUAGCGUUAAACGGACUCGAGGCUCAACGGACGCAAACUCCCCGGGGCGUUCGAUCCCAUGGGAUGACAUGUCUAUGACACCGCCACGGCGGGGAUACCGACCUCUCGACAUGCCGAGAUAUCCGUUGGCGUGGGAUAUCGGUACCAUACGAUUGCAAUUGCAGUUCAUGGUCUAGCACGUUGAUUCCUCUGGACCGCCCGCAGGAGACUCGAGAGCCCGUGCGAUGGGGUGCAAUCUCGUUCGCUCUGCAGGCUUUGAAUGGGAGGGCUCAAAAUACCCUGGCGAGCAAGCCCGUGGGGUCGCAUUGCCGGCUAACCUGGUCGGCCCACCCCCGAGAGCCAGAAGAUCGACCCCUCCCAGGGUCUGCCUCUUACGACUGGCCCAGGUCGUCAGCUGUGUGGGCCGCGGCGGCGGCCCAGGUCUUCGUGAGCAUGGCCCUUUUUUGGGUUGUUUACCUCGUGGAGCUGAAUCUUCUGCCCCACGCCGCUUGGCGGCGGCCACUCUGCGGCCAAGCCUCUUCCUGCUGCCGACGAACCUCAGCCCAAGCCUGGCCCUUGUCUUCUGUCGACCGUCGGAUCGUCUCCUCUCUACAGUUAGGCUCUCUGUUAGGGGAAGGCGGGCUAAGCCAGGCCGGCCUGGGUCUGUAUAAGUACUCCCAGAUGAUCGUCUUCUUCUGAUCGACACUUUCACCACUCGCUCCUCCAUCCCUCUCAUCUCUUGGGUAUCGGCACAUUGGGCCAGUCACUCGCUUGUUGCUUUUGGUCAUUCGUUUUGCCAAGGCAUAUCACAUACCCAUCCACUGGUUUCCCUUUUCCCCCUUGUCUACUUAAUUCUCUACUGAGCAAGAGUAUCCAAUUUCUCGUUUGGCCAUCAUGUCCAGCCUGCGCUCCCUUGUCGCGGCUGCGGCUGUCGUGUCCUACGCUGGUCAGACAUACGCGUGGACCGUCGCCCUCCCGCCCUGCCUGUCAGCCUUCCAACCGUUUGUGUACUCGGGCUGUUACAAUGAUGUCAAGAAGCCCGACACCCUCAGCUUCAAGAGCCCGCUGUCCCGCGAGAACAUGACGGUGGAGAUGUGUGUGGCUGACUGCAAGGGUAACGGAUACCGCUACGCGGGACUGGAGUACUACGGCGACUGCUACUGUGGCGCUAGCGUGAACGGCCCCGAGGCCACCGAGGCGGAGUGCAACCUUCCCUGUACCGGAAACAAGAACCAGACGUGCGGUGGCAACGACCGCAUCUCCAUCUGGCAGGACCCGACCUUCAAGCACAUCAACGAGACCAAUAUCGAGCACUUCAAGAACAUUGGGUGCUACACGAGCAAUGCCAACGGGGGCAAGACUCUGGCGUACCCCGUGCAAGACGUGACGGGCCAGACCUGGGACGAGAGCACCGCUACUACCUCCAAGUGCCUGGCUGCCUGCAAGUCCAAGGGCUUCCCGUUCGCCGGAACCGAGUACGGUCAGGAGUGCUGGUGUGGUGUGGUCAUGGGCAACGGCACCGUUCCCGCCGACGCCUCCGAGUGCAACAUGCCCUGCAAGGGCGACGCCAAGGAGAACUGCGGCGGCAGCUCCCGUGUCAACAUCUGGGUCUCCGACGACCUCGAGUCCCUGGAGCCAUGCGGUUACACGCCUCCCUCCUCGUCGACGUCGUCGACCACUACUUGGCCUUCGACUUCUUCGUCGGUCAUCAGCACGUCAUCGACCUCUUCGGCCAUGGUCAGCACGUCGACUUCCAGCAGCUCCUCGUCCACGACCUCAACCAAGGCGUCGACAAGCAGCUCGUCGACUUCCUCCACCAGCUGCACCACGUCCACCACAACCAAGGCCACGACUAGCAGCUCGUCGACCCAGAAGACUUCUUCUACCAGCUGCACAACUACUUCCAAGCCCCCUGUGACGACCAAGCCGCCGACGACCACUCAGCCCCCCACCACCAAGCCGCCCACCCACACCCCGACGACCUCCAGCGCCGUCUGUGUCACCACCGUUGUCACCACCCCUAAGUGCGAGUACAAGUGCGGCAACUGGUGCUCUGGUGAGCUUCCUAACUGGGAAAACCAGAACGACUGCAAGAGCGCUUCCUCCAACUGCAAGCUUCAGGUUGCUGCAUGCUUCAAACAGGCUGGCUGGCCUGGGGCCGCCGAGUGCUUCGGCUUCCAGCAAUGGUGCGACAGCUGCGACAAGUACUGCAAGCAGCCCCCCAAGAACAAGUGCUCCAAGGGCGACUGGUUCAAUCAGAAGCCCCCUGUCAAGGGUCCCUCAGGCAAGCCGACGACCAAGACCAUCACGGUUCCCUGCAAGCCCACCACCACGUCGAAGCCCCCCCACACCACCAGCAUGCCUACCAAGCCUACCACCACCACGAAGCCCAGUAUGCCCAACACCACCUACAAGUGCCCUGUGCCGACGGUGACCAACAUCUGCAAGCAGCCGACCAGCUGGAAGGACAACUACGGACCUGGCAACCCCGUCGGUGGCAUUGAGCUCCCUGUCGUGACCUGCAACGACAUCAAGCGUGAGCAUCAGUCAGGCAAGCAGUGGAAGCUCUACACCGACUCGGACAGCUCCAAGUGCCCAGGUUACUCUCACGGCGGUGUGCCCAACGCCUGCCAGGACGCCUGCAAGGAGCAGUACGACGACUGUGUCAAGGUCUAUGCCGAGGGUUGCAAGGCCAAGGACAGCAACAAGGGCGGCUGGGGCGGCUCUCCCAACGGUUGGCCGUGGAAGCGGUCCAUCGCUGGAAGGACCGUCUCUUUCCCUGACUCCUGGUCCACCGCCAACAACAAGUGCCGCUCGCAGUACAACGACUGCUUGGCUGUCAACAAGGGCGUCAACUCUGGCGGCAAGUGCUCCUCUUGGGGUCAGGGUUGGUAAGCUCCGACAGGGAGCGAGCCUGUCUCGGCUGCCCUCGUGUUCUCACCGGGAUCGGAUGGCUUGACGUUUACUUAUUUCUUUCUGGUGUCAUCUGGUGAGAUGGGCAGAGCAAUCCAACAAGUGGAGGAGAAUGAGUUUGGUUUUGAGAUUGUUCCUCAGCACCUGUUAAUGGCGGUCAAGCUAUCUAUUACUUAACCUGGCUGCUGUGUUAUUUACGGCAGCCGUCAAUGAUAAUUCUUAUUGCUUCUCACA